GACUUGGUGGCGGCGGCCCAUGGGACCCGUGGCGCUGCCCGCCUGGCUGCAGCCCAGGUAUAGGAAGAAUGCCUAUCUUUUCAUGUACUACUUAAUCCAGUUCUGCGGCCACUCCUGGAUAUUUACAAAUAUGACAGUCAGAUUCUUUUCAUUUGGAAAAGAUUCAAUGGUUGACACUUUUUAUGCAAUUGGACUUAUGAUGCAACUUUGCCAGUCUGUUUCCCUCUUGGAGUUGCUGCACAUAUAUGUUGGCAUUGAAUCAAACCAUCUUCUUCCUAGGUUUUUGCAGCUCACAGAAAGAGUAAUUGUCCUCUUCAUGGUGAUCACCGGUCAAGAAGAAGUCCAAGAGAAAUACGUGGUGUGUGUUUUAUUCAUCUUUUGGAAUCUGUUGGAUAUGGUUAGGUACACUUACAGCAUGUUGUCAGUCAUUGGAAUAUCCUAUGCUGUCUUGACAUGGUUCAGUCAAACCCUGUGGAUGCCAAUUUAUCCUUUGUGUGUUCUCGCUGAAGCAUUUACCAUCUAUCAGUCGCUGCCUUAUUUCGAAUCAUUUGGCACUUACUCCACAAAGAUGCCCUUUGACUUAUCCGUCUAUUUCCCAUAUGUGCUGAAAAUAUAUCUCAUGAUGCUCUUUGUAGGUAUGUAUUUCACCUACAAUCAUCUAUACUCAGAAAGACGAGACAUCCUCAGAGUGUUUCCCAAUAAGAAGAAAAUGUGAAGCAUAGCACUGGGAUGUGACAUGAGAAAGAAGAGGCUUGUGGAGUCAGCUGCAGGAAACACAACAGGGGAAGCAUUCUGGUGAACAGAUAUCUAGUAUUUGACAAAAAUCCAUAACAUGGAAUAAUUGCACUCCUCCCCAGAACUCUUGACAUACACGGCAGUCUGUUUUUCUCACAUUGUUUUUAGCUCAUAUACUCUUCACAACCUGUUUCACCAAAGCUGUGAAUUUUACACAAGUUAAGUUUGUAUCGUGUGAAGCCUGACUAUUUUCCUGUAAAGUUAAUGAGAAGUAGGAUUUUAACUGGAGUAGAUUCAGUUAAACUAAGAAACCAAAGUUGUUAAUUUAAAUGACAUCUAUUUACAUCUGUUUCUUUUCGCUUCUGAGUUCCCAUGUAGCAGCUAAUCUGUGGGAGGGGAGUGAUGUGUAAUAUGCUCUGUGCUUUUCUAGAAUAGCCCAUUUUAUAGACUGAUAUCACUGUGCCCAUAGUUAACCCCCACCUUAAACAUUAGACAAAUUUUGAAAAUAAAACAUUUUUCCAAACACUGGAAGAGUAUUUGUUAAUAUUACACAAGUUGAUUGGACUUUGCUGUCUAUAAAGAGGACCCUGAGGAAAACAGAUACA